UGGGUGACGCAGCAAGCGUAGGAUGUAGCACGGCAGGACGCGACUAGCCCAAGCUAACAGUCACACGAGCCAAACUACACCGAAAUCCUCGCCGGUCGCUGUUUUACAGCACCAGCAAAGUCUUUGUGCCGGUCGCUGAAUGGAAGUAUGCGAGGCUGUUUGUGAGUGAGUGUUAUGUCAUAGGAGGUGGACGGUGCCAGUGAUGCACCAUGGGCUACGACGUGACGAGGUUCCAAGGGGAGGUGGAUGAAGACCUACUGUGUCCGAUAUGUAGCGGAGUUCUCGAAGAACCGGUGCAGGCCCCACACUGUGAGCACGCCUUCUGCAAUGCCUGCAUCACGCAGUGGUUCGCCCAGCAGCAGAUCUGUCCCGUGGACCGCACGGUGGUGACGCUGGCUCACCUGCGGCCCGUGCCGCGCAUCAUGCGCAACAUGCUGUCCAAGCUGCAGAUCAGCUGUGACAAUGCCGGCUUCGGCUGCACGGCCACUCUUCGACUGGACCAGCUGCAGUCGCACCUCAAGGACUGCGAGCACAACCCCAAAAGGCCCGUCAACUGUGAGGAGGGAUGUGGCCUGGAGAUGCCAAAAGACGAGCUGCCCAACCAUAACUGCAUCAAACAUCUGCGAAGUGUCGUCAAACAGCAGCAGAGCAAGAUUUCUGAUCUGGAGAAAACUGUGGCUGAACAUAAACACCAGUUAGGCGAACAAAAACGAGACAUUCAGCUGCUCAAAGCGUACAUGCGAGCCAUCCGCAGCGCUAACCCCAACCUGCAAAACCUGGAGGAAACCAUUGAGUAUAAUGAGAUCCUGGAGUGGGUAAACUCCAUGCAGCCUGCCAGGGUCACCCGCUGGGGCGGCAUGAUCUCCACCCCGGACGCCGUGCUGCAGGCCGUCAUCAAGCGCUCGCUCAUCGACAGCGGCUGCCCGCUCUCCAUCGUCAACGAUCUGAUUGAAAACGCCCAUGAGCGCAAUUGGCCGCAGGGCCUGGCCUCGCUGGAGACACGGCAGAUGAACCGACGCUACUACGAGAACUACGUAGCCAAGCGCAUCCCGGGCAAGCAGGCGGUGGUGGUGAUGGCCUGCGAGAACCAGCACAUGGGGGAGGACAUGAUCCUGGAGCCCGGCCUGGUCAUGAUCUUUGCGCACGGCGUGGAGGAGAUCCUAUAACUACACUGCGACCAAGAAUUCGGGCUUCUAUUAAAGACUCACACAGGUGAGAUGUUGAUACCUAUGCCUUAAAGGAAGGACAAAGAUGUUAUCAACCUGGCAAGUAGAGCUAAUAUGACUGAUAUGAUAAACGAGUUGUGAUGUUUACAUCGUUUAUAUUUAGUGCAUUAUACGUUCUGAUUGUUCUGCUACUUGCAUUGUAAAGUGAAAAACCUCAACGAUUCAUUCUUGGAGGAACUUUGCUGCCUAGGUUUUCCACGAACUCAAGCGUCAAGCGAACCCAGCAAGGUGCAGGAAACUGUUUUUUUUUUUUGUUUGUUUUUUUAAUGAUUUCAGCUCUGAGUGCAUUGUUCGUACACACACUACAGACUUGGCUCACUCCUGGGCAACUCGCGUCUUUUUAAUGGCGUGCAUGUACCACAUUGUCAAUUGUAUCAAUGCGCUGGUACCCUCAUCGUGUAAAUGUUUGUAAAUGCAAAUACUAUAUUGAGUCAUAGAUGUCAUUAUCUUCCUCCUCUCUCUGAUUCCAUAAGUUCCUCUGCUUGUUUGUUUUCCAUUGAAAGUUUUAUUUUUGUUUGUUAGACACAUUUUUGUCUUUGACCAACUGUUUCCUGGGUUUAAAAUAAUGAUGUUGCGUUGUGACUAUUCCAUCAGGAUGUCCUAUUCCCGUUCGCAUUAUCCGUAAAUUUUCCGUGCCAUUCUUUUAUUUAUUUUGUUGCCUUCUACAUGCACAGACACACAAAGCUUGAAGAUGAAAUUUGCCUUUUUCGGUGCAUUGGAAGUUUGUUGCAGGAGAAAAAAAGUGUUUUCUGUUGCCUUUUGUUGGUAAGCAGGGGUCCAGAUGUGAAGUGAUUUGUUAAAGGUCACGUUUAAUACAUGUAUGGGAUUAAUGUGAUGACCCCAAUGGUUGCCUUUAUUCAUUGUGUUUUUAUGUUGUCAAAGUUGAUUGCUUUCAGCAAGCAUCGCAUUCACUAGUGGUCACAGCGUGGGGAUUGUAAAACAUUAGUGAAGUCGCGCUUGUGGCUUUUAAAAAAGUGUCACCAUCUUCCCUCAUAACUGUACUGAGACAAAUAUGACCCACAAGAGCAGUAAAAGCAACUUUGUAUUGUACCCUUUUGUUUUUAUCUUUGGAAAUGCUUUUCUUUCGUUCUGUGUUAGUAGUUAUGACGUUGUAUGAAUAAAAUGUCACCAGUAUUUUGGCAGUGGGAUCAAAGGGGAACUUCAGCAUUUGUGUCCUAAGGUUUUGCGAUAGGUCUCCAACAUUUUGAAAUGGCCGCUUCUUGGUCACUGAUUAUGGCCAGGGCCUAAGAGUUGUAUACACACUUAUGAAUUAAAUGUGUUCAAAUUA